AUGGAAAUGCAACAUCGCCCGCUGGACCGUUCGAGCAACGAGAUCAGGCUGCUGCGACUUCUUCCAGAAAAAGACCAGCAGGAUGGCGGAAGGUUCAAGAGGCUACCGUCCUGUCAGGUCUUUCAUGCCCGUCUGGGUGAGAAGCCGCAAUACGUAGCGCUGUCCUAUGUAUGGGGUACUCGCCAGGACGAGCGGGUGGUCCUGGUCGACGGACGGCAGGUCAGGGUAUCACAAACCCUGUACGACGCGAUGAUGGAGUUGAGGCGAGGUCGUCGCCAACACCUCGUCAUCUGGAUCGACUUCCUGUGCAUCGACCAAAGUGACCAUGAGGAGAAAAGCUGGCAGGUUGCCCUCAUGGACGACAUCUACAGGCAAGCGACGCAGGUGUAUGCCUGGCUCGGGCCGACCGAGGACGACAGCGAUGAUAUCGUGGAUUACCUGAACAAGCUGGGCGAGCGGGCAGAAUCCUGUGGAGUCCACACCAUUGAGGGUGUUCAUUAUGACAUAUGGCGGAGUCUGGUAGCGCAGGGUCGACAAGGUCAUCCACCCAUCUGCCCGGUCACAACAGAGGACAAUCACCUGCAAUUUGUCAGUCGCGAAGAGUUGGAAAGCCUCUUUUACUUCAUGAGUGGAUGGCGCGAGCAAGAUCAUCUCCUUCCGGCCGCUGGCAUCCAGCGGUUCUUCACUCGACCUUGGUGGGGGCGCAUAUGGAUGUUGCAGGAAAUGGCGCUGCCCGAGAAUGCAGAGUUGCUCUGCGGCACCAAAAGGAUCAGUCGACGUCGGUGCAAUGCGGCCAUCAGCGCAUAUGGGGCUCUUUGGGUGACCUUCAUGGAGAUGAUACAGAAGGGGGACACAACUUCGCUUACACGGCAGCAGCUAUUGUUCACGACAGAACUGUUCCACCAUAGGCCCACUGUCAUGUUGUCUUUGUGGAGGAUAUACAGAUAUGAGCGAUUCCCACUGGCAGCGCUUCUCCGUGCCACCUGUGUUGGCACCAUCAAUCUUCGUCGGCACGGACCUCAUCACUUCGAGUCGACGGAUCCGCGAGACAAGGUCUUUGCACUUCUGAGCAUGGCAUCUGAUCGAGAAGACCUGAGACAAAUCGGCAUCGUUCCGGACUAUACAAAAACCUGUGCAGAAGUCUACACGUCAGUAAUGUUAGCUCUGCUCCGGCAAGGCCAUAUGUCAUUCCUCUCCUGUUGUCAAAUUCCCAAGUUACAGCCUCGCCUACCGUCCUGGGUUCCAGACUGGUCUCAAUCAUUCGUUGAUAUGUUGCAAGACGUGGAAAACGAUCAUGUAACCCUGUACCCAAAAUUUGGAGCGUCUGGGGUGGACAGGGGCGUUCCUAUGAUCUCUGUGCCGACAAUCAACCAAGUCACCAAGGGAUUAUUGUUAACUUGCAGGGCGUAUGACAUAAUUGAGGCAGCCGGCCAUUUCCCUAGGAGGAAGUCAAGUAAUGAAGUGCCUCUAUCAGAGACGUCCUCGUGGCCAUCGGUAUGGCUUGUCGAAAUUCUCCGCCUCACAUACCACAGGGAGCGACCAUACGAGAGUUUUAGAGACCGACUGUGGGCAGCAGCAGUAUCAUCUAUUGCAGGUGCAGGCUACUCUGACGGAAAACAGACAAGGAUGGAGAGAGAAGAUCGUCUGUCUGACGCCGUGCUGCUCCUGGAGGCCGGGAAACGCUUUCUCCGAUCUAGGGACUACCGUAUCAAAAGGGAAGUCCAAAAGUUCCUGGCCAGUGGUGUUGUUAAGGCUGCCAGAGAAAGUCAUAAGCGACGGAAAAUCUCGUCCCAGAGGCUCGGGUCAGAAAUCAUCGGUAAGAGUCUGGGACGACUUCCAUUCGUCACGAGCACGGGUCAUUUGGUUCUGAGCUCCGAGCAUGUGAGAAAAGGCGACGUCGUCGCACUCAUCAAGGGUACUCAGGUGCCUUUUAUUCUUCGUCGUAAAAAAAGCGGAGCGUACAAGCUGAUCAGUGAAGCUUAUGUGCAUGGCAUCAUGGACGGAGAGGCGGCAGAAGAGGACAAGUUUGGAACUGUAGAGCUUGUGUGA